AUGAAUUCUGAAUCAUCUUCUCAUUCUCGGUCCGACGAGGAGAUAUCUCAUUCUUCUUCCGAAGAGGAGGUACCUCCCGCUCCCACCGGAUGGGAUGUCGCGGGUUUCGCCAACAACCCAGUCAACAACUAUAUCUCCCGUUUCAUACAAAGCGAGCUUGCUCGAAUGCAGCAGCCACCCCAACGGCCAAUCCGCAGGCGGCGCCGAUACAUCCACCCCGACCACGCUGGUGGGCACGAUCGGCUGUUCGCCGAUUAUUUUGCUGAGGAACCACGUUAUCCGGCAGAUGUAUUUCGUCGCCAAUUCAGAAUGCGCCGCUCCCUCUUCCUGCGCAUUGUUAAUGCGUUGUCCGCGCGUUACCCCGAGUUCCAGCUCCAGCGAGACGCCACAGGGAAGCUCGGUCUAUCGCCCCUGCAGAAAUGCACUGUUGCCAUCCGACAAUUGGCAUAUGGAGGGUCCGCCGACAUGUUCGAUGAGUAUCUGCAAUGCGGCGAGACGACUGGCAACGAGUGCCUGAAGAAUUUUUGUCAGGGCGUGCGAGAGAUAUUUGGGGGGCACUACCUUCGCUCGCCGGACGCAGCUGACUGCCAGUUCCUGCUGGAUUGGCACUGGAGGACCCACGGCUUUCCGGGGAUGCUCGGCAGCAUCGACUGUAUGCACUGGCAGUGGAAGAACUGCCCAACCGCGUGGCGAGGCCAGUUCACUACCGGCUACAAAGAUAGUAGAAAGUAUUUUGCCCGAGCGCAAGAGUCUGCGCGCAAGGAUGUGGAGAGGGCGUUUGGGGUGCUCCAAGCACGAUUUGCACUGGUAAAGGGCCCGACGUGCUUUUACUACCAGGGGGAUAUUGCCGACAUCAUGUAUGCGUGCAUCAUCAUGCAUAACAUGAUCAUCGAGGAUGAACACGAAGGCGUCCUCAACGUCACCAGUGUUGCAUCAUCGAGUCACGGUGUCUCAACCGAGUCCGAGUCCGCCCGCCGGGGUGUACCGUACAACGAACAUGAACGGUUCAAGGCGUUCAUGGACAUACACCAAAAGGAGGCCCAUCGAGCACUACAACACGAUAUGAUCGAAGAAUUGUGGGCAAAUAGAAACCGCGCCCACCGCCCUUGA